AUGGCGUUUAUUAAAGAGGAGAGUGAAGAUGUGAAGAUUAAAGAAACAUUCACAGUCAAACAGGAAGAUCUGCAGGAACAAACAGACUUAAUUGAAGAGAAUGAGGAGAGUAAAGAGGAGGAACAUCAUGUCAAAAUUGAGGAAAAAACUCAUUCACAGACUGAUGGUAGUUUGAAAAGGGGAGACAAGAACCGUUUCAUCUGCACUCAGUGUGGAAAGAGUUUUGGAAGAAAAUACAAUCUUAAGAUUCACAUGAAAAUACACACUGGAGAGAAACCAUUCACAUGCACUCAGUGUGGGAAGAGUUUCAGCCAAAAAUCAAACCUUAAUCUACACAUUAUGAUCCACACUGGAGAGAAACCAUUCACAUGCACUCAUUGUGGGAAGAGUUUCAACCACUUAUCACACCUUAAUCAACACAUGAGGAUCCACACUGGAGAGAAACCAUUCACAUGCACUCAGUGUGGGAAGAGUUUCAGCCAAUCAUCACACCUUAACUGUCACAUGAAAAUACACACUGGAGAGAAACCAUUCACAUGCACUCAGUGUGGAAAGAGUUUCAGGCAGUCAUCAUCCCUUACUCUACACAUGAUGAUCCACACUCGAGAGAAACCAUUCACAUGCUCUCAGUGUGGGAAGAGUUACAGCCAAUCAUCAUACCUUAAUGAUCACAUGAUGAUCCACACUGGAGAGAAACCAUUCCCAUGCACUCAGUGUGGAAAGAGUUUUAACAGCUCAUCAAACCUUUAUAAACACAUGAGGAACCACACUGGAGAGAAACCAUUCUCAUGCACUCAGUGUGGGAAGAGUUUCAACCACUUAUCAAACCUUCAUCGACACAUGAGGAUCCACACUGGAGAGAAACCAUUCACAUGCCCUCAGUGUGGGAAAAGUUUCAGCCAAUCUUCACACCUUAAUCAACACAUGAUGAUCCACACUGGAGAGAAACCAUUCAUUUGUCCUGAAUGUGGAAAGAGUUUUGGAAGAAAACACAAUCUUAAGAUUCACAUGAGGAUCCACACUGGAGAGAAACCAUUCAAAUGCACUCAGUGUGGGAAGAGUUUCAACCAAUCAUCAAACCUUUAUAAUCACAUGAUGAUCCACACUGGAGAGAAACCAUUCAAAUGCACUCAAUGUGGGAAAAGUUUUAACCGCUCAUCAGACCUUCAUCAACAUAUGAGGAUUCACACUGGAGAGAAACCAUACACAUGCACUCAGUGUGGGAAGAGUUUUUACUGCUCAUCACACCUUCAUCAACACAUGAGGAUCCACACUGGAGAGAAACUAUUCACAUGCACUCAGUGUGGGAAGAGUUUCAGCCAAUCAUCAAACUUUAAGCAACACAUGAGGAUCCACACUGAAGAGAAACCAUUCACAUGCACUCAGUGUGGGAAGAGUUUCAGCCAAUAAUCAAACCUUAAUCGACACAUGAGGAUACACACUGGAAAGAAACCAUUCACAUGCACUCAGUGUGGGAAGAGUUUCAGCCAGUCAUCACACCUUAAUCAACACAUCAUGAGCCACACUGGAGAGAAACCAUUCAUAUGCCAGGAGUGUGGUAAGAGUUUCAACAAAUUAUCAAACUUUAAUAAUCACAUGAUGAUCCACACUGGAGAGAGACCAUUCACAAGCACUCAGUGUGGGAGGAGUUUCAACCAAUCAUCAUCUCUUAAUCGACACAUGAGGGUCCACACAGGAGAGAAACCAUUCAUUUGCACUCAAUGUGGGAGGAGUUUUAACAGCUGAUCAAACCUUAAUCAACACAUGAGGAUCCACACUGGAGAGAAACCAUUCACAUGCGCUCAGUGUGGGAAGAGUUUUAACUGCUCAGCAAACCUUUAUAAACACAUGAGGAUCCACACUGGAGAGAAACCAUUCACAUGCAAUCAGUGUGGGAAGAGUUUCAGCCAAAAAUCAAACCUUAAUCUACACAUGAGGAUCCACACUAGAAAGAAACCAUUCAAAUGCACUCAAUGUGGGAAGAGUUUCAACCGCUCAUCAGACCUUUAUAAACACAUGAGAAUCCACACUGGAGAGAAAUCAUUCAAAUGCACUCAAUGUGGGAAAAGUUUUAACCGCUCAUCAAACCUUCAUCAACAUAUGAGGAUUCACACUGUAGAGAAACCAUUCACAUGCACUCAGUGUGGGAAGAGUUUCAACUUUUCAUCGAACCUUUAUCGACACAUGAUGAUCCACACUGGAGAGAAACCAUUUACAUGCACUCAGUGUGGGAAGAGUUUCAACCACUUAUCAUCCCUUAAUCAACACAUGAUGAUCCACACUGGAGAGAAACCAUUCAAAUGCACUCAAUGUGGGAAAAGUUUCAACCGCUCAUCAGACCUUUAUAAACACAUGAGAAUCCACACUGGAGAGAAACCAUUCACAUGCAUUCAGUGUGGGAAGAGUUUUAACUUUUCAUCAAACCUUUAUCGACACAUGAUGAUCCACACCGGAGAGAAACCAUUCAAAUGCACUCAAUGUGGGAAAAGUUUCAACCGCUCAUCAGACCUUUGUAAACACAUGAGAAUCCACACUGGAGAGAAACCAUUCACAUGCACUCAGUGUGGGAAGAGUUUUAACUUUUCAUCAAACCUUAAUCGACACAUGAGGAUCCACACUGGAGAGAAACCAUUCACAUGCACUCAGUGUGGGAAGAGUUUCAGCCAAUCAUCACACCUUAAUCAACACAUGAUGAGCCACACUGGAGAGAAACCAUUCAUCUGUAAACAGAGUAAAAAGAGUUUCUGUCAAAAGCCAAACCUUGAUGUUCACACUAGAAAGAAACCUUACACCUGCAAACAGUGUGGAAAAAGCUUCUAUAAUACAGGAAACUUAACAGUGCACAUGAGAAUUCACACUGGAGAGAGGCCGUACACAUGCCAACAGUGUGGAAAAAGCUUCUAUUCUACAGGAAACUUGGCAGUGCACAGAAGAAUUCACACUGGGGAGAGGCUCUACUCUUGCCCUCAGUGUGGAAAGAGUUGUAAGCAAAAUGGCAAUCUUGAAACCCACAUGAGAACACACACUGGAGAGAGAAGCUUUAUUUGCACACAGUGUAGGAAAGGUUUUUCUCAAAAACAAAACCUUACCAUCCACAUGAGGAUUCACACUGGAGAGAAACCUUACACAUGCACAGAGUGUGGUAAAAGUUUCCCACAUACAGGCUCACUCAAACACCACAUGAUAAGUCACACCGGACAGAAGCCGUUUGCAUGUGUUCAGUGUGGAAAGAGCUUCACAACCAAAGCUAGCCUCAUGAACCACAGGAGGAUCCACACUGGAGAGAAACCAUACACAUGUACUCAGUGUGGGAAGAGUUUUAGCCAAUCAUCAAACUUAAAUCAACACAUGAGGAUCCACACUGGAGAGAAACCAUUCACAUGCACUCAGUGUGGAAAGAGUUUCAGCCGAUCAUCACACCUUAAUGAACACAUGAUGAUUCAUACUGGAGAGAAACCAUUCACAUGCACUCAGUGUGGGAAGAGCUUUGGAAGAAAUUUCGAUCUUAAGAUUCACAUGAUGAUUCACACUGGAGAGAACCCAUUCAGAUGCACGCAUUGUGGGAAGAGUUUUAGCCAAUCAUCAUCCCUUAAUCAACACAAGAAGAUCCACACUAGAGAGAACCCAUUCACAUGCACUCAGUGUGGGAAGAGUUUCAACCGAUCAUCAUCCCUUAAUAAUCACAAGACGAUCCACACUAGAGGGAAACCCUUUACUUGCACCCAGUGUGGAAAAACCUUUAACUACUCAUCACACCUUUAUGAACACAUGCGGAUCCACACUGGAGAGAAACCAUUUACAUGCACUCAGUGUGGGAAGAAUUUCAACCAAUCAUCAAACCUUAAUCGACACAUGAGGAUCCACACUAGACAGAAACCAUUCACAUGCACUCAGUGUGGGAAGAGUUUCAUCUGCUCAUCAUCCCUUAAUCUACACAUUAUGAGCCACACUGGAGAGAAACUUGCACUUAAGCAGCGGUCACAAUGGACUUUUUCCCCCAUGGAUUUCCAUUCAUACGCACGGGAAUGUGUCAGACCGGAAACCAAGUUUGUGUGUUAAGUUUCGCAGUUCACUGCAUU